ACGAGAGAAGCGGACUGAUUUCCUCUACUAUGGAUGGGAAUAUCUACGAUCAGUUUGGGGAGGCCAUCGACAGAAGGCUCGGAGGAGUGAGGGCUGAAGCCCAGCGAAGAGCGGCAGCUGGGCCGCAACCCCCUGCCAUGUUCAGGCUAUGGCAGGAAAAGGUGGAACCACAGAUUGGGGAGAAGGAAGUAGGGAGUGAUGAGGAAGUGGUUCAAAGGCUACUAGGAAGGAGUAAGAAGAAAGGGCCCAUAGUCAUUGAGGCAGAAGACGAAAAUGAGGAGGGAAGAACGGAGCCUCCGUCCGUCUUAUAUGGGAAGAUGGAGGACCUGCUGGAUAAGAUGGGGAGGUACCAACGGAAGCUGGUGGGCCUCUGUGAGGAAGUGAAGAGAUGGAAAUCUAGCAUCCCCAAGGUGUUCCUCUACGACUCCGGUCCGGAAUCAGCACCUGGGCGACCCGGAGUAAAUAUGGUGGGGUCAUGCCCACAAUCAGGAAUGAGGGGGGGACCCCUCACUCCGCAGGCGCGGCUGGCGCAGGCAGCGCGAACGAGAAAUCAAGCCAGAGUCAGCGCCAGCCAAAAACCUCCGAGGAGGGGGGCGGAGCCAGAAAGGAGAAAGGAGGCCGUGGAAGUAGAAGGUGAUGAUGAUGACGAUGAAGAGGAAGAGGACUAGUCUGACUUUACGAAGACAACCAUGCCAAGAGGAGCGAAGGGGACACGGCCGCCUCAGAGGCCGUUGGGCGCAUCAGGAGGAUAUGAGCGGCAUGGGCCUCGCCAUCGAGAGAGCACUCCAGUCUACAAUGAUGGGAACAUCGAGCUAUUCCUGGACAGUUUCUGGGAGCAUGCGAGGCGUAUGGGCUGGACCGUCGCUCAGGCGAUUGAGAGAUUGAGGGGAGCAGGUAGGUUCGAGGAGCCCAUUGCCAGGAUUCGUAGGGAGGCGACGACGAGGCAGGAGGUGGAGAUGARGAUGGAGGAGUUGCGACCCUCGCCUGUGGGACCUGAUGGCAGGCCAAUCCGCCUGAAGAUUGGAAAUGCGUCGGACKUCAUCCCCGCGUUUGAAUGGUUCAUGCAGGGGCAAGGCAUACCGAGAGAUGAUUGGAUGCAGACGCUACCACUCUGGACCAGGAAGGCCGACAGGCCACUGGCUAUGCAGAUCAGGGACAUGGCACGAGAUUGGGAGAGCUGCAGGGCACAUCUGAGAGAGGCCUUUCGACGGCCAGAGCUCCCUCAGCCCAGAGUCGAGAGGCGGCAGAGGAGUCAGAGGUCGAGGGACCCUGAGCCCAGGGAGGCGAGACCGUCUCGGGGAGGACGGAAGGCCCUAGCCAGGAGAGAGGAGGAGCCGGAGCAGGAGCCAGAGGUUGAAGAGCGAGGGACAUACCCUGAGUGUGGGUUGGGAUCAGUGGAAUUCCAUCGUUUUACUGAGGGUGGAUUGAGGAGGUCGGCAGCACACCCACGGGAGGAGCCGCCAGUGUCUGAAGGGUCGUUGAGAGAGUUAGAAACGCAUCUGGAUAUCUCUCAGUGGAAAGCGUCGCCUCAGGAUGAGAAGCAUGAAGAGCACGUAGAGGAGGUGCCACGAGAGGAGGUGCCACAGGAGGAGAUACCUCGAGAGGAGGUGUCACAGGAGGAGGUGCCACAGGAGGGGAUACCGCGAGAGGAGGUGUCACAGGAGGAGGUGCCACGGGAAGAGGUCCAGGGUACUCAGCGAGAGAGAGGGCUGGGCGAUGAGGGGAGACGUGCAGGAGAGGAAGUGAUAGAGGUUGGAGAGGACACGCCCCCACAGACGUCAGUAGUGGGUUUGAAACUCGGAGAUGCACCAGGGAGCACCCGGCGGCCAAAGGAGAGGUUGCAGGGAGAGGAGGCCCCACUUCUUUCAUCAGAAAGGGCCCCAUCACCAGAGGGGAGAGCCGGCGGGAGAAGAGAAAGGGCAGCUGUUAGGAGGGAUAGCUGCAGAAUAAGUGGCAACCUUGGAGUACUUUAGUCUUAGUUUACGUUUUUAAUAUGUUUGAAGGGUUGCUGGGUUUUUUUUUCAUGUGUAAAGAUUUAGAGAAAAUUUUAAUUUUAUUUUUUUAAUUAACUUUAUUUAGUUUUUUUUUAAUUUUUUUAAUUUUUUAAUUUUUUUAUAUUUAAAAAAAAAAAAUUAUUAAAGAUUUUUUUUUUUUUUUUUUUUUUUUUUUUUACUUUUAUUUUUUUUUUUUUUUUUUUUAAUAAAAAUUUAUUCAUUUAUUUUUUUUUUUUUUUUUUUUACUUUUGCUGAGUAUUUAUUAUUUUUAUAUUUUAAUAUAUAUAUAUAUAUAUAUAUAUAUAUUAAGUUUUUUUUAAAAAUUAACAAAAUUCUUUAAGCAUA